AUGGGGCCUGGGCAUUCUAGGAACUCCUAUUGGCUGGGCAGGUGGGUGGGUGAGUUCCCUCUCCUAAGAGCCGUCAGUCAGAUACCAAGGCUCAGUCUUAUGGGUUCCCAACAGGAGGAUCUGUUGGCAGUAAUGUGGGUCUCACUGUACUUCGGAUUUCUGGGGCUGUGUUCUGUGGCAACUGGCGGUUGCAUUCUCUUUCUGCACUGGAGGAAGAACUUGCGGCGGGAAAAGCGUGCUCGUCAGUGGGUGGAGGUCAUGAGAGCCGCCACGUUCACCUACAGCCCACUGCUGUACUGGAUUAACAAGCGACGGAACUAUGGCUUGAAUGCAGCCAUCAACACAGGCCCUCCCCCAGCUGUCAUUACAACUGAGACUGAGGUCCAGAGUCCAGAUCCUCUGUUGGAGGUGGACAUCCCUGAGAGCAGGAGCUGUGUUGUCCAAGGUAGCAGCCCCAAGGUGGAAGCCUCCAUUCCCCUGCAACCUGCACUGGAGCUCCCAGAGCAGGAGGUGCCCUUUGCCCUACCCUUGUGCAACCUACCCCCAAUGCGGAACCACUCUGUCUCCUACCCUUUGGUCACCUGUCCUGAAAGCAAUGUCCGCUUCCAUUCCCUCCCUACACUGGCUCAUGGGGACCACUGCCUCAAUGCCAAACCUUUUGCUUCAGAACUGUAGCCUCCUCUCACUGAGGGUGGGAGCUGCAAGUAUCAGGCAUAGAGUAGGAAAUGGAGCUAACCUCAGGGAGAUGGUAUUGACACAGGUCAGUAUCCAUCUGGAUGUCACAUUAUGAAAGAUUA